AUGGAUGAGCCUCCAGGCUUGCCUGUCACGCCUUCGUCGCCUGCAUCACCGUCGUCACCCAAACCCGAGACUGCCUCGGGGUCUGGGGCGGAUGCAGUGAAGGUGCUGCGGACGGCAGCAUGUGAAGGUGCUGCAGGACAUUCUUCUGCAACUGAUGGUGUUGCAGUGGAAGAGGCUUGGAGCCCGUACUUCAAGGCGCAUGGACUGCAUGAGCUGUUGCCGGAGCUGGUGCGGCAGCUGGCGGCCACCGAGCCCACGGACCCCUACCAGUGGAUCAUUCGACAUCUUGUCCAGAAAAGACGGGAGAAUGAGACGGCUGGUACAAGUGCAGGUGCUCGGGGUGCCUCGGAGGCGUCUCCAAGCAAGGUUCGGAAGAAGAAAGGAGCCAUCCGUGUGAACUCCAGUGCUUGCCUGCGGCGUGGGUGCAAGCCACUUCUGGACAUUGUGUGCGCGGAGGACUCUUGCUGGGAGCAGGUGGAGGAGAAUUCUGGCAAUGCUAAGAUUUACUUUGUCUGGAGUGGCCAGGCUUUGUUGCAGCGCCUUUGCCAUCCCGGAGCGACAGAAAAGGUGCCACGGCUUCCGAGCUCAGCCUGGGUGAAUCGGUUUCCAGGGAUCGGCUACAUCUGUGACAAAGUGAACAUGGCCCUGGCACUCCGUCUUCUGCAGAAGCUGUGGCCAGAAAAGUUUCGCUUUUGGCCCAGAAGUUGGCUCCUGCCCGCUGAAAGUGACGAGCUCUGCCACUGGCUCGACAAGCACAAGGGCAGCACCGUCAUCGUGAAGCCCGAGGGUGGCUCGCAAGGUGACGGCAUCUUUCUCGUUCAAGAUUCGUCCAGUCUGCGGCUGAAGCUUUCUGCCAAGGCCCACUUCGGUGCCGGGUUUGGUGCCCUGGCCCAGCGCUAUUUGCCUGCCCCGUUGCUUCUGGAUGGCUUGAAGUUUGACCUUCGUCUCUACGUGGUUGUUACGUCGCUGGAUCCACUAGAUGCUUACCUGUGCAAGGAGGGCUUGGCGCGGUUCUGCACUGCAAAGUACGAAGAACCCACCGCUGCAAACGCCAACGAGGUCUACAUGCACUUAACAAACUACUCUGUCAAUAAGAAGUCCACGGCUUUCAAGGACGAGGACCCUUUCGAUGUGCACACGCAGGCGAGCAAGCGGCCCCUCAGCACCUUGCUGGGCCAGAUCGCUGCCCAAGAAGCCAGUGAAGGCCGCUCUUUCGAUGAGUCGAACCUCUUUGCCGCCUUCGAAGAGGUUUGUGCAGUGUUGUUGCAGGCGAUGGUUCCGGUGCUGAAGGUGACGUAUGACCGUGUGGCCAAAGAAGCCAAGCCAAAGGCAAAGAUGAAGGCAAAGUCCAAGUCUCCCAAGAAGGGAAAAGGCUCUGACGAGGAAGGUGAGGAGGAGGAGGAAGAUGAGGAAGACGAUGAGUUUGCUCCGAACUGUUUUCAGAUUCUCGGCGUUGAUGUUCUCUUGGACACAAAUCUUCAGCCUUGGCUACUGGAGGUCAAUGCCAGGCCGUCCUUGGACAUCUCGAACCCCAUCCGCUUGAAGGACGCACCGCCGGGAUCGAGGCGCUGCGUUUGCCGGGAUAUGGACGGUGAGGAUCAUUGUCAUGUACAUAGCGAAGUGGAUGUGCGCGUAAAGCGUUUGGCCGUGGAGGGCGCGUUCCGACUUGCAGCAGCUGACGGCGAGCCAGCAGAGCCACCGGAAGGCUUCAUGAGGAUGGACUUUGAUCGUUACAGUCCUUCUGAGGCCCAAGAAACGCUGCAGGCAGUAGCAAGGAUCUUUCAGGAGGCGGGUGGCGCCAAGAAGGCAUUCACCACCUCAGGAUUGCGCCGUGCGCUGACCAAUGCCGUCAGUGCUGGCCUGGCAGCACAUGAACUCGACACCCUGGUGACGAAAUGGAAGCAUCAGGGCUACAGGCAAGACAUCAACUCCGAAGAAGACAAUGCAGAGAUUGGCGUGCUGGACUUCGCGGCGCUCUUGCAGGAGGUUGCCCUGGUUCGGUCCGGGAAAGACACGGAUCCAUUGGAUGCCUUGGUUUCUUUGAUCGAGCUGUGUGAUCCUGCGUAG